AUGCAACCCACCCCACUACCCUGGCUAACAGCCCUGCUCAGACCGCGUGUCAAAGACUUCAUAGACGUUAACACGCAUAUCCUGCGGCCUAUAUCUAUGGCCGCACAGGACGCUACGUAUACUCGACUCACCGACACCGGCGAACUUGACCUUCAAGCCCGCGCCGACGCAAAGCAAUCCUUUAUCCAUGAUGUACACUACGGCACUUCUCCUCGCGGAAUAAGACGCCAGCUACUUGAAAUUCCGUUUGACGACUUCUUCGAUCUGUGCGUACGCGAACUGGCCAAGGUGGAAAAUGGUCCUGUAGAUAAAAAGAAGCAUCGAAACGACCGCCUCUGGUUUCUUUUCAGCUGUGCAACGCAUCCCGAGGCGGACACCGAUGGGACGUUGGGGCCUGAGCUGUGGAAGUACUACGAGUGGACGACUUGGUGGCCCAAAUACGAGCUAUCAGCAGUCUAUCGCAGCUCCACGUUUGAAUUGCAGCAGAAGGCAAUCGAAGACGAAGAAGACCCCUUCAUGUGGCCCGGUCUGACAUGGUUUCUCGAGGACGAAAUACGCAUCCAAGAUGGAUACGCCGCGGAGAAUAUCGAGCAUGUCAUCAAGCACUUUCUCUGGCUCUUACUGAACACCAUCGACGUUCACCUCGUCGAUCAUCGACUGGGCCUUAGUGAUCGAUAUCCCGACGAAGAGGUCGCGGAUGUGCUGCGUGAAGGGUAUGACGUGCUAAAUCGGUCCUCGAAGCUAGUGCUGCGAAAUCCCUUUUCAGACAUCCCCAAGCCUGUGCGUGAGGCCUUGGCGACCGUCAAUACCAUGGGUAACAUCGAGUACGUCGGGCAAUGCCCACUACAUGCCCUCUACCAUGCUGUACCACCGGAGCUUUUACAUGCAACCGCGUACAUUGCCUUCCUCCAUUGGGCCUUGGCCGAGGUCGAUCAUUUGAAAGCAGAUCCAGAUGGCACCAUACGUGCAAAUCUGCUGAAGCUGCACAUGGUAGGUGCACCAGAGGGGACUAGAAGCGAUUGUAGACAUUCCUGGACACGCCCUGCAGCUAUGGGCGACGUAGUUACCGAAGAGCUUGAAGCCUACGUUAAUCGCACUCUCGACGAUGGCCCUGGUGUGGACGUCCCGAUAGUGCCGACCGGACCACGCAUUGAUCCCGACGGGUUCUAA